CACACUAGCGCUCUAAAGAUCGCAAUCCCUGUCCUCUCUCUCUCUCUUGUCUCUAUUAUUAUUAUUUUCCUCUGUUUCCAUUUUUCUGAUAAGGUUCAUCAGUGCUUUUUGAGUGAUUUGAUCAUCUAGCAUAAACAUGAGCGAACCAAAGUAUGCUUAUCCUUACCCUGCACCGGGAAGUUACCCGCAAGGCCCGCCGCCACCUGUAGGAGCACCGCCGCAGUAUUAUGCUCCCCCACCACCACCACCUGCACCGCCAAGAAAGAAAGCUGGUUUUCUUGAAGGAUUUCUUGCGGCCAUGUGUUGUUGCUGCUUUGUGGAUGACUGCUGCUGCGACCCGACCAUUAUAUGCUUUGAUUAAACUAAUUUUAAAUCUCUCUCUUUGUAUUUUUUUUUGUUUGUGAUGGAGGUCAUGUAAUAAUUGUUUUCUUUUUCUUGUAAUAAUUGUUGUAUGAGUAAUAUGAUUAAUUAUCCUAUAAGCUGUGUGUUCUUCGCAAAUAAUAAUAAAACGUCGACAGAAGCCACCACACUUUUGCUCUUUA